AUGAUCUUCCCGGGUCGGUUCCCACCGGGCACCCGGUUCGACCCGACCGAAACCCAGCUAAUCACCGACUACCUGUGGCCGAAAGCGUGCGAUCCACGUGGAUUCAAACCGGGCGCGGUCCUCGAGUGCGACCUCUACGACGACGAGGAGAAGUGGAAGCACUGGUUCGACCUGACCGGCGAGUCGCGGCUCUACUUCUUCACCCGGCUCAAGAAGAAGAAGAAGGAGGAGAAGGGGCAGCGCGUGGAGCGGAGUUUCGGGCAGAGCGUGUGGAAGUCGCAGAGGGACUACGAGAUACGCAUCGAUCCCGAGGACAAGGAGAGCCUCGUCAUCGGGAAGAAGCGGACAUUCUCGUACAAAGUGAAGACGGCGGCGGAGGACGGCGGUGGUGGGAGUAGUAGGGAGAGUGAGAAUAACGGGUGGGUGAUGCACGAGUUCACGUUAGAUGGGGAUUUGGCUAAGAAGUUUGGUGGCGGUGGUUGUGAUUGUUAUGUUAUUUGUUGUGUAAGGAAGAAAGAAGAGAGGUCAGGCAGUAGUGGUGAUGAGCGGCGGGAGAUUGAACUGAUUGACCCUUCUAUGAUUCAGAUGAAUUUCGGUCAAUGA